CAAAUAACCUAACCAAUAUGGAUAGUCACGAUUCCAGUAUAUGUAAAGAUAAAGAGAUAAGCUUGAGUCCAGAACAGAAAAGACAGGCGCCAUGUUGUGGUCAAUUUUACUUCUUGCUGUCAUAGAUGUUGCUUUAGGACAAACCAAUUGCCACAGAGUAUGUACUUCCCAGUACGCACCCGUGUGUGGAUCAGAUGGCAAAACAUACACCAAUCAAUGUCUCCUAAGUGUUGCAAUAUGUUAUUCUAAGGCAAAAGGAAUUAAUCUACAUUAUUCACACCGUGGAUCUUGUAGUCACGCCGUUACCAUCAGACCACCAAUUCAUUCAUCAUACAACUGUAAAGAAGUCUGCGAUGAAGAAUUGCAGCUAACAUGUGGAACUGAUGGAAACACAUACCAUAAUAGAUGUUUCUUAAACUUGGCAAAUUGCGAAGCAACUAAAACUGGAGAUCAUGUUGUUUAUGCUCACUCUGGUGAAUGUUCUGAAAAGGACAAAACCUGUCCACACACCUGCGACAGUCACUUAGAUCCCGUGUGUAGUACAGGCAAUGUCACAUAUAAGAAUCCUUGUAUGUUGGCCAUAUAUGGAUGUAGAUACGCCCAUCUAUCUAGUACUUUAUCAGACAAAUAUCAUAUGGCACAUAAUGGUUCAUGUGACGGGACUGACCCGUAUGCAUCAACAACAAUGCUCGACUGUAGUUCAUAUAUGACCCAUGGGGCCAUAGCAGGAGAAGGAGGCACUGGGCAUUUAUGGACCUGUCCUAGAGAACACGAAUUACUAUGCGGUGCUGAUCACCAUACAUACGCUGGACCAUGCUCAUACUGCAGACGUAUGGACUAUGCCAAAAAACUCGAUGAGAAUAACAUGGUGCACUUAAUCUCUAAAUCUGCCUGCAAGACGUGGAUUGGUUAAAUUUACCUUUGAUGAAAUAAAUUAAAGUGGUGGUG